AUGGAGUCCCCAAUAGAGCUCCUGCUACACGUCUGGGACCGCGUCCUGCGCGCCCUCAAGUCAUGCCUGAGUUACGCGUUCUACUGGCUUUUCACGGUCAAAAUCCCCGUGCCGGGCGUCAUCGGCGUGCCGGCGCUCCUGUGGGCUCUCGCGAAACAAGAGUAUCUCCGGUACGAGUUCCUCGAGCUCCUCGACGGGUUCGUCAACGGGGCGCAGGUUUUCGCGAGUCGCGACCGCCUCCUGUGCGAGUUCAUCGGCGGGGUGCAGGUCCUCGGGGACUGGAUGGGGGGACUGGUGGCGCUGAUGCGGGUCUUGCAUCUUGUGCUGCGAGAUGUCUGGCUUACGGAGGAGCUUGUCGAUUCGCCUUUUCUGCUCUGGGCUGUGCGUUUCUGGAGGGGGUUUUUCAGGGGGUUGGGGGCUUUUGGGGCGAGGUAUAUUCGGGAAUACAUGUCGCGGGUUGGUUUGGAUGAUGAUGAGGAGGAGGAUUGUUCUGGGUCUGGGUCUGAGUCUGAUACUAAUACUGAUACUGACACUGAUACUGAUACUGGUACUGGUACUAAGCUAGGCUCGGAUGAUGGUUAUCAAGGCGAAACUCCUCGACCAAUCGGUCACGAACUCAGCUUCUGGCCCGUGUACACCCUCCGUACGAUCCUCGUACUCUUCCUCAGCGCCGCGGCACUAGUCUCCGCGUAUGUGUUGUGCAAAUAUCUGGUGACAGCGUUGUUCAUUGGCGGCGGCGGGUGUCGACGACGAGGCAUUUGUCUUCAGUUCUAUGACAUAGCUAUCCUCGAGGCGAGUCGCGUGGGGAAGAAACCGAUAGAUUAUAGAUUCUUCGACGACGGGACGCGUAUGCAGUUUCCUAAGAGGUGA